CCCAAUUUCGGGCAUCCGACAUAAUUGAUAUUCCAUCCAAACGGCGUGUUUUGGAUCACCCUCCCGCUUAAUAGCAUCCCACUCCGCCGUUCAUAUAUAACAGACUAUCGCAAAUCAGGCAAAUCAGACAAAUAAGUCACUUAAAAUUCAUCGCGAGGUUUCCCUCGUAUCUCCAUGAUGCAGCGACAGUCGCGGGGAAUUAGAGGUCCUCGCUCUGCGUUGACUGACUACUUAGAGUCGCAGAAUAUCUCUGCUAGCCGCAUUCGCGCUGAUAACGACGCUCGCCGUGCUGCUGCUGCUAAUACCACGACUACUACGACCGGUCAAAACGGCGAAAAUGAAAAUAGCGAGAACAAUGAGAACGAUGAGAAUGACGAAGAGGGUGAUCCCUUAGGACAGACAGUCGCGCGAGCAGCUGCGGCGCAAAAGCGCAAGAGACAACAAGAAGCCAUCGAUAAGAUUAAGAAGACCAAAGCCUACAAGAAGCGCAAGAUGCAAGAAUGGAGCGAUGAUGAUGAUGAUGCACUAGCUCUCACUAUGUUGCCCGUCCCUGGUCAGACUGAGAACUGCGAACAAUGUAAGAAACGAUUCACAGUUACUGCUUAUUCGCGCACCGGCCCAAAUGGAGGUUUGCUCUGUCCUAGAUGCAGCAAGGAGCUAGGAGACGAAGAGAAGGCUGUUAAAAAAAAGGCCAAGGCCAAGAAACCGGCGAACACUUCUGCUGGUCGCGGGCGACGAAAGGUCCAGAGCAAUCUACUGGACGGUCAGAUUGGAGUCAAAGCCCUAACAACUCUGUGUAUCGAGACCCUAGCCAAUCAUAUUGAUCUCGCUGAUGAUCUCGGCGACCUUCCUCCCCAUUCCAUCGAUCGUGUGGCUAGACUACUUUCGAAGCGUCGACUUAUGAAUCCCACCACGAUGGAUUUAUUCCUCCAACCCCAAGCUGAGUUUAUCAAUCUAUACGAUGCAGCACGUCUAGGACAGUCGGAUUAUAUGAAGAUAUUCCAAAGAUGUUCUCAACUCAAGAGCCUGAAGCUACGCAAUGCAAUCCAAUUCCAGGACAACAUUAUGGAGUUCUUGAUCGGAAGAAAUUUCUCGCUUCAGAAUCUAUAUCUGCACGGCGCAAAUUUGCUUACCGAGGAAUGCUGGGAGAAGUAUCUAAAGGUCAAGGGACAAAGUCUCAAAGCUCUGCAGAUCUAUUUCACCGACAGACAUGUCAGUGACAAGAUCGUAGCGUCUCUCAAGGACUACGCUCCGUCGCUAACUCGACUGAAGAUCUGUCACAACCAAGAGGUUUCCGACGAAGGGGUCAAAUCCAUCGCACAACUUAACAAUCUUGAACACCUUAGUCUCCAUCUCGUCAAGAAGACUUCAACGGAGCCGUAUGUUCAUGUAAUUGAGAAUAUUGGCCACAACCUACGUACCUUCUCAACCAGAAUUGUAGAUGAUGUAGACGAUCGUCUUCUCGACGCACUGCAUAAUCACUGUACUGAGCUGGCCAAGUUACGCAUCACACACAGCGAGGUAAUGACAGACGCAGGCUUCGCCAGACUAUUCAAUGAUUGGAAGAACAAGCCACUUACCCACAUUGACCUGGAGCUAUGCCGCCAUAUCGACUCCUCGAACCCUAGGGAGAAUUCCCACCAGAUAGGGCUCUGUUCCAAUGGAUUUAAAGCCCUGAUGAAGCACUCAGGUUUACGCCUGAAAAAGCUGAAUGUCCACGGUUGUCGAAACAUCUCUCGGGAGGCUUUCGAGGAAGUCUUUUCUCUCGACAAGGUAUAUAACGACCUCGUUGAUAUGGAGAUUAGUUUUUGUGAAGAGGUCACGGAUUUCGUGGUUCAAUCCAUUUUCAAGGUCUGCCCCAAGCUGAAGCAAUUGAACGUCUUUGGCUGCAUGAAGGUCAAGGAUGUCAAGGUUCCCAGAGGCAAGAUUCUCGUUGGGGUCCCGAAUGCCAGGGGAAUGAUUAUCGAAGGUACCGAGGAUUGAAGUUCGCACCGAUAUUCUCAUGAUGACGCAAAUGCGUUGUGAAUAGCAAGGCCUUUUUUUUCUCUCUCGCUGACGAGUACGACGCAUACGAAGCAUGAACAUCGUGAAUGGCCCUGGAGUAUACGGUUCGAUUUGGUUUUGCAUCAUCCCCUUGCGACGACCCUUACACAUUUGCGGUGCUGUGGGUUAAUGACAGUACCCUGCGCAACGUGGGGUUUAAGUCUGAACACCCAGCAAAAGGGUUUCGGGGGAGGCGCUCUAGGAGUUGCUCAGCUGGAGUAUUGGCUAAAUAUGCCAUUAUUCUCUUCUUGAUUUUGCUGUAAUUACUAUAAUUACUACCGAUAUGUCAUCAGAGGGUUACUUCUUGAACAAUCGACGUUCAACUGUAGCUUUGGCCCUAUUGCAUCUGAUGCUCUGCACAUAGCACCACGGCAAUCAUGUACAUAUGUACUUAAAUAUACCAGGCAAGUGGCCGUCUAAUCGAACAAUACGAAACCUAC